AUGAACCCUGGCAUUUGGCUAGUGUUAGGUCUCCUUAAUAUACUGUCCAAGGGUCUGGCUCGUAUGCCCCUCAAAGCGGACUGGGACAGAGGGUUGAAGAAAACCACCCCAGGUUGUAAGUUAGGGGGGAAGUUUUAUGAGCUGGAGGAGAAAUGGAGUCCAGAACUGGAGCCGGUGGGGGUAAUGUUCUGUGUCAAGUGUCAGUGUUUGCCGGUUAUCAAGAAGGGUGUUUUAAGUCAGCACGGUAAAGUGGAGUGUCGUAACAUCAAGAACCAGUGUCCAGAGCCAAAGUGCGACGAUCCGGAAAUCCGCCCGGGCAUGUGCUGCAAGAGCUGUCCCGGAGAUGGGGCAGAUUUUGAAGAUGUGUUUAAGGGGACGAAGCUCUCCCCCCUGGAUAAGGAUGCUACGGUCCAAGGGGAUGUGAGAGGGAGGGCUCGAUUCUCAGAAUUUAAGGCUUUGUUAGUGGGUAAGCAUGUCCGAUCUGGAGUUUCCACAAGAGGCGUGGCUUGGGGUAGAUUCUUUGUGGAGAAAAACACCCUGAGGUUUUCCAUAUCGUACAGCAGGAUGCGGCAGUUAAGAUAUAUUCGCUUCGUUGAACGAGAUGGCACUGUUUUACACGAACAGAAAAUUCAUCCCAGGGCGGACGAUAAACAUAUGGUAUGCGGAGUUUGGCCCAAGCUGGCGUCAAUAUAUAAAGAUUUCCUGAGUCGGGGCUAUAUUUCUGUCGUCUUGACGACAGCACAUCGUCAGAAAGGCGAGGUGGCUGGGUGGAUUCUGCCGGAGGAAUCUGAGACUGAUGAGACAUUCAUCACUUUGCUAAACCCGUCCAAGAAGAGUGGUGCUGGUGCCGCCAUGCUGCUGACCUACCACCACAAGCAAAAACGAGUCCACUACCGGGUCUACAUUGAAGGGCUUCUACCCGAAAAUGAUUAUGCGCGUCAGGUGUUACUUUCUAUAAAUAAAGGGCGGCAUGUCCUGGAGCGAACGCCGCGGGCUGUGACGCCAGAGGGCGUGGUCGAUGGUGUGUGGGAGAAAAUCACCAGAGGUGAAGCGAAGAAGUUAGCCCGGGGAAAACUAACAGUGCGAGUGAUCAGCGAAGCUGGGGAUGUUCUCAAAGGAUCUGUCAUGCCAAGACAGUCGUGUUCAACUUACCAGGCGACGCUCUCCGGGAGCCUUUCUCUGGAAUCCGCCAGCACGAGUGGUGCAGGAGCAGCUGUCUUCUCUCUUCUAGAGAAUGGAAGAAUAGGUUACAAGAUUCGUCUAGUGGGAUUGUCCAGUAAGGUGACAAAGGUGCGGUUAGAAGGUGCUCCCAACAGGAAGAAUAAACGGCGGAAGCUGGCUGAUUUGACGUCCAACUUUGUCCAGGAUGAAAGUGGUUUCAGUGGUUGGGUGAAUGGAACGUACAAGAAACCAAAGGCUUUGGAUACUUAUAUGUUGUUAAACGAGUUUGCCUAUAUCAAUGUAGCCACGGAAACGCACAAGAUCAGUGAAAUCCGAGGCCAUGUGACUGAACUUGGUUACCGGGAACACACAAAACAUCCCGGAGAUUUCCCCAUUGUCUUGGCACCCAGAAGCGUUCAACCGUCUAUGACGUCAGGAACGGCGGGAAAUGCGUGGUUUGGUUUUGACAGUAACUGUGUUCUGCACUACGAGAUAGUGCUAGAGGGUAUAACGAUUGGAAAAGGCAGUACAGUGGCUGCUCAACUCAGCGUUCCGCCGCUAGGGGGAGAAAUUCCUGUGCUCUCUAACAGACACAGCGUGAAGACUUUUGGUGGUUUCAGUGGAAACAAGGCCGUUGGUGUGGUUCGAAAGAUUUCUGAGGAUUUAUACAAGAAUCUAGACGAUGGUAAAGCUGUUUUACAGGUAGCUUCCAUGAGCACACCCUUGGGAGAACUAAGAGGAAAUGUCACCGUGAGGAACAAGUGCUGGCGGUUGUUUGGUGACCACGACAGUAACAUGGUGGUCGACGAACAAGGCAAUCGUCUGGAAGAAGUGGUCAGUUAUUCCUGCGAGUAUGAGGGUCAGUUUUACGAUGACGGGUCCAGUUGGGUCCCCGAUGUGGAUUCCGUGUGUAACACGUGUAGUUGUAAGCGGGGAAAGGUGAAAUGUCACAAAGAGGUAUGUCCUGUCCUGAGCUGUGCUAACCCCGUCCACGUGCCCGGCCAGUGCUGUGCCUCCUGCCCAGCGCUGGACACGGACUCCCCUACGAUUUCCAAGGAAGAUUCGUGUUAUUUUAGUGGUGAUAAAAGAUGGCAUCCGAUCGGAACUUCCUGGCACCCGUAUAUUCCCCCCUUUGGUUACGUUACAUGUGCUGUCUGUAAUUGUGUUCCUGGUGGGGAAGUUAGUUGCUCGAAAAUUACCUGUCCGAAAUUGGAUUGUCCGGAUGCUGUUGCUGUAAGGAAAAAUGAAAUGGAUUGCUGCAAAGUUUGUCCAACGUAUGAUCAAGAAAAGCAAUCUAAGUUUCCGACUGUUGAUGUCCAGUCCAUUCAAGGGGACAGAUCCACUGAUGCAGGAGCGUGUAUGUUUGCUGGGAAAAAACACGAUAGUGGAUCGAGUUGGCAUCCAUACGUGUCUCACUUUGGUGCUAUGAAGUGUAUUACGUGUAAAUGCAACGAAGGCAAAACGAAGUGUAAACGGCAGAAGUGUCCGAGGUUGAAGUGUUUAAAAAAGGAACAGGUUCCAGGGGAAUGCUGUCCAAAAUGUUCACUUGGAGGAAAGCACACGAAACGUCACGAUGGUCAAGGGAAAAGCAUUGAGGGGAUUUCAAAUUUGAAGACGCCUUCAUCAACGUAG